GACGUGUAUUCCUGCCGAAGCUGAACCAACACUGAACUCGAGUUUGUGUUACCCUUUGGUAAACUUUACCCGUCCUUUUUGUCAAAAUCAUGGAAUCACUUUACCCAGCUACGUGUACAACACGCCCCAGUAUCAGAGUUGGAAAAAUGAUGAAGGCAACAAAGAUUUCGACGGAGUUGAGAGGUUCGGUCUAUUUAAAAUAAGCGCCUAUCUUGACGUAGACAUCACUACCGUUAGAAAGUGCUUGCAAAUUACCACCACGUGGUUUUGUCAUCAAUAUUUUCCGAGUUGUGAUGGAACGCAAAGCGUCUUUAUGGAACAAAAAAUUUGUCGUGAAUCCUGUCUUGAAUUGAUUCAUAUUUGUCAUAAAGCGUGGAAAAUGUCUUUCACAUAUUAUACAAUUCGCUUCCCGGAGGAAAGGAAGUUUCUCCUCUGCGAACUACAGCCGUAUAGGAAUGCAGGUGACUCACCAGAAUGCCGAUAUUUCAAUGGACUCGCGAAUUCUACAGGUAACAUUAGAGACGUUGGCAUGUAGGAAAGCAACGGGUCGACCACGGCCAAAACAAAACUCCUUCAAAUAACUAACUACAACUUUAAUUAAGGUGGCUCCUUACAGUUUACCAGAAAAUGCAAGAUCUCCAAUUUAGAUCCAAUUUUUCGACAAUUCCUAUAUGUUAAUUUAAUUAAGACAAAGAAAGUCCGAAUAAAAAAUAAUAAUUACAGACUUAUCAAUAACUACCGAGUUCCAGAAAUCGUAACUGGAGUUGCUAUGGCAACAUUGACGCUUCAAUAUGGCCGAUAUUUUGGCUUUUAAGUUAUUUAACUUGAAAAUAAAGUCAGUUUAGGAUUUUGAUUCGUUGUUAUAUGAUUUUUAAAAAAUCAGCCAUGCAAAAAAAAAUUCACCAAUUAUUACAUUUUUUAAUUAUUACAUUAUUGACAUAUUUUUUAAAAUCAUAAAAAUGAUUCAAUAACCUAAAUAAAAGUCAUGCAGUAAAGUAAAAAAGGGGGCCACUGACCUUAUUUUCGAAUUAAAUUACAUUAAACAAAAAAUAACCGCCAUUUUUGAAAUUUCAGUGUUGCCAUUUCAAGUUGUGAGGAGUAAAUUCUUAAAAAUUCCAAACUCCUUAGCAGGACGAAGGGAGAGAGGGCGUGGAAACGGCAAUACAUCGAGCGUCCCCAUCCGUGAUGCCGGCUUCGCCGGGCGUAAGACGUUCUAAUUGUAAACAAAUAUGGCUACGCGUAUAUGACCCAUCAGAAUGUAUGCUGAUUCUAUUGCUUUAUAAAAUAUUAGUUGUGUAAAAUUUAUAUGUUUUUGUUACUUUUAGCUAUUAUAAGACACUUAAAGAUAAGAUUUAAGUAGCGAAAAACUUCAUUUCGUGUGUUAUUUUAUUUCUAUACUCUGUUUAAUUUGGGUGUUUAAAAAUGGCCGUCGAAAUGUUGUAAGAGAUUGUUAGCGCGCACUGCUUCCUGGUAAAAAACCAAUCAUUUCCAAAGGCUAAAUUAUAAUUUGUUAUUAAGUUAUGAUGAAAACCUUUGCGUAGACAAAAUUGUAGAGUGAGCAGACACGAGACAGAUAGGUUUUGAACCUUUCAAAGUUCGAUGCCGAAUUGACAGUUGAAAUAGUACCAAACUCCAUGCUGAAAUGUGCAACUUUAUCGUGUAUAUUUUUCUCAAUUUUGUUUACUGGCCUUUGUUAAAUUCACUUGCAAUGGCUCGACAUACGUUAGAAGAUACAAACUGAGCAGAGCCCAUGAAAAAGCUAUCCAUACCCCUACAGUCAUUCAGCUUCCUUGCUAUUUAGAAGUGGUUGCCCAUUACUGGUUUUAGUUGAAGUAAAAUUGCUAUUGUAUGCGCUUGUUUGCACUUCCUUUCCUGUUAAAGGCUACAAUAUUAAGGCUAAAUAGCAGAGAAAUAUGACCCAAUAAUCCAUGCAAUUAAAAAUAUCUAUCGAAUUAACUUCAAAAGUCAUUAUUUGAGGAAUUAUAUCUAUUCAGGCAACCCAUAAUUUAGUGACAGGUCUUGGCAAGGUGAAAGCUGAAAGGAACCCCUAAGAUGGAUGUACUACAACACUAUAUUAACUGGAGUUUUCGAAACAUUUAACUUAAUUUUGAAGGAUUGACUCACAAACUGUGAUGCAGUAUCAUUGGAUUUUACACUUUUCUGGAGAAGUUGUGGCUAUGUUAGUGCCAUUUCUUUCAUUGUUUAUAUAUCUUGCGUUUAAACAUUGCUCACUAUAAAAAUCUUUCAAUUCCUUAAUCUCAUCCCACGAUACUGAAUCACAGUUUGUAAGGCCCCAUUUAAAUGAGACCAGGAUGAAACCAAACUGUAAUGAAAAUUGAAAUUGUCAACAUGUUUACAUGAGACCGGUAUGAAAAUCACAAAAUUUUCAAUUUAUUCCCCUUGCCAGGCAAUUUUCUUUUUAGAUGGCUUUUGUUAGCAUGUGUUAUUCACUUGUUCCAAUGUCAAGGUUACAUCCGAGACCGGUCUGAAAUGUAUUUGUGUUUCCAUUCAUUCCGGUCUGAAUUCAUGCUAGUCUGAAGUCAGUCGGCUUGGUCCAGCAGGCGGAAUGACUUGAGACUGGUCUGAGUUAUUUUUGUCCUGGUCCCAUAUAAACAUCCAUUAUAUUUAAAAUUAUGACUGGAACGAAAUAGUCCCGGUUAAUUGACUUCGUUCCAGUCUUAUGUGAAUGGGACCUAAUUAAAUCCUUCAAAAGUUGGCUAAAUUUUUCCAAAACUGCAGUCAAUAUAGUUUUGUAGUACACCCAUCCCAAGACCUGUCACUAAAUUAUGGGUUGCCUGAAUAGAUGUAAUUCCUCAAAUCAUGAUUUUUGAAGUUAAUUUGAUAGAUAUUUUUAAUUGCAUGGAUUAUUGGGUUAUAUUUCUCUGCUAUUUAGCCUUAAUAUUGUAGCCUUAAUAUUGUAGCCUAUUGUAGCCCACUUCCAUUUCACAUGUUUCUGCUCUACAUCUGGCUCACCUAUUUUUAAAUUUAUACAAUACGUCACUCAAUUGUUGUUAUUUAGAAACGGUAUAAACUUUGCACAUAUUUACUUGUUAAUUUCAAUACAGGUCUCAAGAAAGACUGCAUGCAUAUUUAGAUCGUAGCGUCUUUGAUGACUUUCGGGCAGCAAACAUCACACAUUUGGACACUAGCCAAAUAGACAUUGAAUGCCCACAAUAGACAUUGAAUUAAUUCUAAAAUUAUUUAACUUUAUAGACUGUUUAUAUGCUAUUGGUUUUAUUUAAUUGAAAGCAUUGAUAAUUUAUAUUAAACACUAGGUUCUCUGCUAUUAUUCAUUUGCAUUCACGGGAAAGCUAUAAAAAGCGGCGCAAAUCACUAUUGAAUUAUAUAGAAUUAUUUUACUCGUGCAAACAAGAAAGGAAAGGAACACAGUAAUUUUCUUAUAAGUUGUGUCGAUUCUCUAACAAUUUUUGUACCAAGUAUUAGUAGUGUACCUUCCUACAGAGGUUUUAGCGAAGUAUUUUUAUCACAGUGGAAAAUGUCUCUACAUUUUGUGAGGAAUAUAUACAUAAUUAUGAGCUCUAUACUCAGUGCAGGCACAAAAUGCCGCACAGACAUAUGAUAGCAUUACUUCAUGAGUUUUUAUACGUAUUUUAACAUUUCUAUUGAUCGGCUGUUUUUCUCUAGUGCCGCAUUAUAUUGGUGUGUCACAACAGGGUUGCAUGCUUUUAUUUGAAAAAUACAAGCUGGAUCUCAUGCUACUCCACGAACAAAAUAUUAGAAUAGCCUGGAUAGAUUCAGCUACAAAACCAAUGACAAUGUAUAUAAUACAUACGAAAUUUUUCAUGCAACUAGUAAAUACGAAACGUUUCGAGAUAUUUUGUUGCAAAUUUAAAUGUUAUUGGCUGAAACUAUAAUACACAAGUUGCAAUUUUCCAAGCGCGCUCCCCUGCCACCCUAUACCUUAUAAUGACAUUUUUAAUUUCUCACGCGAAAUCCGCGUGACAACUGACCAGCCACAACAAGGGACCUUUCUCCAAAAGAGGGAAAAGCUGGUAACAAUGUUGCCUUAGUUAUUGUUUAAUUCAAGUCAGAUAGUCUUUGCUAUUCAACAAGUAAUUAUUAUUUCUAAAUAAUUAUUAUGUCAUGUCUUAAUAGAAAAAUCAUCCAUUUUCUAAAAAGUGUAGGUAGCCACCUUAAGGAAUUAUUGACGUAUAUUAUGCAUUAUAUAACGAAAAAAAACCCAAGUGUUAAGAAAAAAAACCCAAGUGUUAAGAGCGAAACCACGUAUAAAAAAUACAAAAAUAAAUUAAAACAUUUAAUUAAAAUAACUAAAAAAGAUUAUUUUGAGAGUCAGUUUAUUAAAUACAAAAACAAUGGCAAAAUGACAUGGCAGACCAUUAAUCGAAUAUUAAAUCGAAACAAUAAAAAGAAGGAAGCGCUUCCUGAUACGUUUAGAGAAAAGAACUCAAAUAUUAAUUAUUCUGACCCAAUUGAGAUUGCAAACAAAUUCAACGAAUAUUUUGUAAACGUUGGACCGAAUUUAGCCAAAGGUAUUCAACAAAAUGACACAAUACCAUUUGAAAAUUAUCUCAAAGGUAACUAUCGAGAAAGUAUGUUUACUGAACCUGUUACAGAAUAUGAAAUCUUGACUGAGAUUGAUAACUUAAAUGUAACUAAAAGUGCAGGUCAUGAUAAUAUCAGUGCCAAAAUGGUAAAAGCAAUUAAACAAGAGAUUUGCAAACCUCUUGCACAUAUUUUCAAUUUAACUUUUGAAACUGGAUUAAUACCGAAUACACUAAAAAUAGCUCUUGUUACUCCUAUUUUUAAAGCAAAUGAAAAAUGUCUAUUUGAAAAUUAUAGGCCAAUUUCAGUUCUCACAUGUUUUUCGAAAUUGCUUGAAAAAGUAAUGUACAAAAGACUGAUUUCAUAUAUUGAAAAACAAAACAUUUUAUCUAAACACCAGUAUGGUUUCAGGAAAAAUCGCUCCACUGAACAUGCUAUUAUUGAAUUGACUGACAAAAUCUCAAAGGCCAUAGAUGAAGGAAAAUACACAAUCGGUAUUUUCCUUGAUCUAUCUAAGGCUUUUGACACAGUUAACCAUAAAAUUCUUCUAAAAAAACUAGAACACUAUGGUAUAAGAGGAAAUUGUUUAAAAUGGUUUGAAAACUACUUACAUGAAAGAACGCAAAUUCUUAAGUUUCGUGAUCAUAAGUCAAGUAAGAUGACAAUAUCUUCAGGAGUUCCGCAAGGCUCGAUUCUUGGGCCUCUACUUUUUCUGUUAUAUAUUAACGACAUUGAGAACUGUAGUGAAAUAAUUUCUUUUGUUAUGUAUGCCGAUGACACAAAUGCGUUUUACUCUGACAAAUGCCUCAAAUCUUUAAUGCAUGUUAUGCAAAAAGAAAUGAAUGAAGUGACUAAAUGGCUAAACGCCAAUAAAUUAUCAAUAAAUACUAAAAAAACUAAGUACGUCAUUUUUAAAUUAAAAAAUAAAAAAUGUGACACUGAUACUAAUAUUCAACUUAACAAUAACAUUAUACAUCAGGCUACUGCUGUCAAAUUUCUAGGUGUAAUAAUAGAUCAAGAACUAACAUGGAAAAACCAUAUAAACUCAGUUGUCAAAAAUAUUAUUAAAGCAUCGGCGUUGAUUGCAAAAAUACGACAUUAUACAAACAAAAAUACAUUAAAUGUACUUUAUCAUGCAUUAGUUUAUCCAUAUCUUACUUAUGGGAAUUUAAUAUGGGUAACACGUACCCAACAAGGCUGCUAAAAAUACUGAAUUUACAGAAAAAAAUUAUCAGAUUGAUGAACUUUAAAUCUUAUCUUGAACACACUGAACCAUUGUUUCAAAAAUUGAAAAUCUUGAAUAUCUUUAAGAUUAAUGACUAUUUAAGUUGUUUAUUUGUGUACCGUUUUAAACAUUUACAAAAUCUACCUGAAUUUGUUAAUGACUACUUCAUACAAAACAAUGAAGUGCAUCAUCACAAUACUCGGAAUUCUAACAAAUUGCAUGUCAAUUAUAGUAGAACUAAUUAUGCAAAACAUACUAUUGUUAACAAGGGAGUUAAAAUAUGGAACUCUCUUGAUAAAGGAACUAGCAAUACUAUGUUUUAUUCUACUUUUAAGAAAAAGUUGAAAAGCUUUUUCUUGGAAUAUACCUAACGGCUUUCAUUUGUAAUCUCACAUAAUAAACUCUUGUGUAUAUUUAUAUUCAAAUCACUAUAUUUGUAAAUACUCUUACUUUGUCUUUGACAAGAUUGAACAAGCUUUAACUAUUUUUAUAUAAUAAUUAAUAUUGUUAAACUAGGGGCCUUUGAAUAAAAGCCUGAUAGGGUUUCAUAAAGGUUCCUAGCCCCUAAUGUUUGUAAAAAUAUAGAUUAUAAAUAUAUUUAGCUUUAUAUGGGCAAAUAAAAAAAUAUUCAUAUUCAUAAUGCAGUUUCAUGAGGUUUGAACAGAUGUUUGUAUUUGAGAAGAAUUGUACUAAGUUCAUUUGUUGAGUAGCACUAUAUACGGUGCGAAAAGCAAGCGCUGUAUAAAAGGCGUCUACCCUUUUAUCUUGAAAGAUAAACUACCUAUUUAUUUUCUACCUAAACUGAAAUCUCAAAUUUUUCAUACCAAACGGUCAUGUGGUCUGAUAUUCCUCCGCCACAACAAUCAUGAAUGGACGUCAUUAGUGCUCGAUUGUCAGGCAUAGGUGGUAUGAAGGCAGCAAGCCAAUAGUUUCUAGUCUAGUUUGACCAUUCUCCUCUAGCCAAAGGCGCGGAGCGCCGUUCUGGGCAUACGCACAGGGCGAGGGUAGUAAUUCGCCCGGCUAUUUACAGACGGGGAAAAGGAAACAUUGGCGAAGUCAAAAACUCAUCAUUCUCAGUGAUCUCAUAAUAUAGCGGAAUGUUAUAAAUAUAGCGAACACUGAUUGGUCCAAUUUAUAAUUUGCAUUAAAACGACUGCUUGACGACAGCGAAAUGGUAAACAUUACUUGAUUUGAUGAUUUCUUGCAAACCUAUUUCUUGCAAACAUAUUUCAUCAAGGCGAAAUAAUUACCAAAGGCGCCGACGUUACGGAUAUAAGUUUGUUUUAAGUAUUGAUGUACUGUUUGCUUUAUAAUUGCUAAAUAAAAAGAGACAGCAUAUAAUUUCAGUGUAUGUUUAUUGAUUAGCCUUUUUAUUAAUUAAUAUAUUAAAAUUUUUAAAUAAAAAAGAAAGCAAAGUUUAUUGCCAUGCGAGAAUUUGAAAUAAUUUUAUUUCCAACUCAAAUUCAUCGAUAAAGGCAGUUUAUUUUUAUAAAGAACAUUUUAAAACAUUUUUCGAGUUGUUUGUGGUUGAAUUUUAUCUUUGAUUGAAGCUUAUAUUACGCAUAAUAACAUACCUAUAACAUAUAUAGGUUUGGAAAAUUGAUAAAUUUUAGGAGAUUUUUCAUUUGUGAAAAUAUUCUUAAUAAAAUUAUCAUGUCGUUACCAUGACAACUAAUUUAAAUACUUCUUGAUCGGAAAAUACAAUGGUUUUGUCAGCAAGGCGAGGGUUUCUGCAUGUAUGUAUUUUCUGGUACAAUCACAAAACUCUCUCAUGUUUCCCUAUGUGAUGUGAUGUGAUGUGAUGUGAUGGAGUCUCUAAAUAAAAAAUGUAGAUCGUGCGGCUGUGCAUCCUUUGCAACACCCAUCGCACAGUGUAAGAAGUUACCCACCUCACCUACACUUCCCAGUAACUGCAUCCGUCCAUUCAUUGUAACUCAUAAUUUGUCUUAUUUUAGAUGCAGCUCCAGCUCCAGAAUGGAGUGGAAACGCAGGUAAACAGUCCAGGGAGCAUCCCCAAUCAAAUUUGUAUUACCUUAAUUUUCCAAUUUCGCUAGGGCCUUGUACCUUUCAGUACAAAGCUAGGAUUUUGCUAUAUUAUCCUUUCUGAGUUUUAUCUCACUGCAUGGACGAAGGAAGCUUCUGACAUUUUACGAAAUACUGCAGCUUCUCACUCGGUAGUCCAUUUUCCUACGGCAAUAUAACUGCAUAUAGAAUAACCCUUUUAGGACCUCAAGAUAUAACUCAUGAUCGCAUAAAUGAAAUGUUGAGCCAGGCUAAUACUAAUUUUUGUUUGCAGAUUGUCUGUACUUAAAUGGGAGCAGUUACCAUGGCAACAUAUCUGUGACAGCCUCAGGUAUUCCGUGUCAGUCAUGGAGAGAACAAUGUCCACAUCGUCAUACCAUGAACAAUACAUAUGCAGAACUGAAUAAUGCUAAGAAUUAUUGUCGAAAUCCUCAGAACUCAGGACAACGCCCUUGGUGUUAUACUACAGAUAGAAACAAGAGAUGGGAGUACUGCGAUAUCCCGAAAUGUAUACCAGGUAUGCAAAUCGAUCGUGCUUUGAUAUCUAUAGAGGUAUCCGAUGUAUAGGGGUAAUAUUGCACUAUGAUAUCCCGACAUCAGGUAUGAUAAUAAUGAUUUGGGUAUCACCUAUCCGAACAGGAAUUAAAAACAAAGUUUGAGGUUUUGGUGGAAAACCUCCAUGAGGUAAUCAAUGUUUGUAACAGACAUUUGAACAUAUUAAUUUGCUCACAUAUAUAUCUGUAAAUUUCUUUUUAAAAAUAAAGAAGAGUUGGUGACAUAUAUACGAUUACUGAAAAUCUUCUUUCCACUGAGUUAACCUGCUACUGAAGGUCGAAAUUCGUAUAUUAUUACAUGAUAUUUGUCUGCCCUGCAAAGUCUAUCCGUCAGACUUUAUGCGUUUGUUUGACUUUUUUACAAGAAUCGAAACUACGAGCUCAGUGGUGAAAGGUGCUUUUCUGGCGACUGCGCCUCCGCAAACUCCUGUGUCCUGCGCCACAAAAGUCUCCUAUGCGUUAAGGGUUGUUCUUCGAGUAUCUUGACUUGCAUAGGUGCCCAUUAAAGAUGUAUUUUGAAUUGCGACCUUCGCAAUUUCGCAUGUAAGUUUCACACAGUGGUAUUUCACGCGCUCUUGAUACCCGGCCAAUUUAGGAUCAGAGUUGAUGAGUUGCAACUCUCGCUCAUCAAACCUGAUCAACUUUGAUUAGUUGAACAUUUCAUGAUGAGAUCUUUUGUUCGUUUGACAGGUAACUUCUGGUCAACUGACAUCAACUCUGAUUCAAUUCCUGUUCUCGUUUCCUGGGGGUAUUAGAGUUUGUGAAACUCUCAUGCAAACAUUCGCUGGCCAAAUUUUAACAAGUCCACUAGCAUUCUCGUUUGCCCAGGGCUUUAAUGAGAGUGUAUUAGAUACGAUGAGAAGGAACGAGAGUUGCUAUUCAAGUCAACUGUUAUCUUCGUUUGACAAGGGGUUUGCACACCAUGAAGGAAGUUUUUAAUUAAUACUUCUAUAUCUUGUUUAUAGUUGAUGGUAGUUAUGGUAACUGGUCGCUAAACAGUUCGUGUUCCGUUACCUGUGGCAAAGGUUUUGAAACAUGGACACGCGAAUGUAACAAACCUGAGCCAAAGUAUGGUGGAGAAAACUGUAGUCAUCUGGGACAACCUGUUGAAUAUAGGUUAUGUCUUGCAAAGUCUUGCCCUGGUAAGUGAUAUGGUGUUUAAUUAAAACAUUUGUGCAAAGUUAAUUCCAUUCCGCUUGCUUUUACUCUCUUUCACAUUAUUCUUUACUGAAGCCUUGAACAUGAAAAAGGUAGAUAAGCAUUAGUGUAUUGUAUUCGAGUAUAAUUCAACCAAAUAGUCAAUUCUUACAUUGUAUGCUAUGCUUUCGUAAUUUAAGUCAAUAAUUAAUAUAUUAGAGUUGUCCAAAUGACACACAUGGAUGGUUACUAUCGUUUUUGGUUUGAAUGCACGGAAUAUAUGUAACUAUAAGGAUCAGAAUUAUGUUAAAAUUGCUGUGCACAUAUGGAUUUCAGUUUUGUUAUUGACAAUUAUUUAAUCACGUAUUUCACUGACUUCAACGACAUUAAGAUUGCUUUGCGUUCAUUUCAUACAUUUUUUAACGCAAACUACUGCAACAUUUCGAGAAAUCAUUAUUGUUUACGAUUAAGAAGUAAAAAUUCAUUCGCCAAUAAUACAAAUAUAAUUUUAUAAAACGUCAAAUAUAAUAAUAAAUAAAUAAUACAAAUAUAAUUUUAUAAAACGUCAACUUGAGUUCCAUUCUCAAAAUAAUGGUGUUCAGGCCUUAAAAUAUCUUUUACAGGGCCGUCUGACAAAAUAUCCGAUGACUUUCAGUUUGGGUCGGACAUAUGUAUGAUGGUGUCCAAUGACCUUCAGUUCAAUUUAGCUUGGAAAUAAGUCUGAAUGACACAAAUUAAUAUCAGCACAUUGUAUCAAUUCUGAACUAAAUGUUGUGAAAAUCUUAAAUAAUUUGUGUCAUUCAUACUUAUUUUCCAGCCAAGAUUAACUUGCUUGCCAAUAAUAGCAGUAUUUUGAUUUACGUGCGUGGAAAAAGCGUCGGACAAAGCUACAGUUCGCUCGGACACCAAUACACUCGGGUCGGACAAACAAUAAACCUCAGUUUCACUUAGGUCAGACAGAAUGUCCGGUGGUUUCAUUUCUACGUCGGACAAUUUGACGAAUGGGUCGGACAAUGUCCGUGACCGACCGAUAUUUUAAGGCCUGGGUGUUCGUUUCUCUUGUACAGCGCAUGCUAGUAAAUAUAUGUUGCCAAAAACACUAUUCAAAAUACUUCUCACACAUCAUUAGAUAUUCAUAGCAUUUCGGCCAAUGUCAUGGUGUAAUUUACAUCACGUGUAUCUAUCUGGAUAUUAGAAUGUUAGGGUUUGUAAUCCGAGUGAUUAUAUACAUUUUAAGACCUGACCAGGAACGACUGGGAAAAAUGCAGCACAAGGUCCUCUGGUAGGAAUUGAACCUACGGCCCUGCGAUUCCGAUGCAGCGCUCUAACCAACUGAGCUACAGGGGCCAGCUGUUGAGCUGUAACCGUAAGUUCAUGUAUAUAUAGGUAAUCGGGUGUGCGGGUUGUGUUAAGGUGGACUUGAAUGAUGUGGUUUCUUUGCACUUUACUUGGUGGAAUUAAUAUUAGAAUGUUAGGGUUUGUAAUCCAAGUGAUUAUAUACAUUUUAAGACCUGACCAGGAACGACUGCGAAAAAUGCAACACAAGGUCCUCUGGUAGGAAUUGUACCUACGGCCCUGCGAUUCCGGUGCCGCGCUCUAACCAACUGAGCUACAAUUACUUCAAGUGGGAAGGGCUUUGAACAAUAGGGAAUUUGAGGGGUAAACAAAAGAUUAUGCAAAUAUAUUUAAUUGCUAUGUUUAGAAUUAUUUCUAAAUACAGUAAGCUGUAUUUAGAAUUUUUUUCUAACUACACUUUACAUCUAACACUUUUUCUGAACGUUUGAAAACUACAUAAAUAUACGAAACGGAAAAUUACGAUUUUCUGCCAACUAUCAAAAUAAACAACGCUUUAAACACUACAGCAAUAAUACAACUUACCAAUAAUGUUUACCGUCUAAUAUAUAUUCACUUCGGCUCUUCCAUUUUCCACUAAAUACAGCCUUAUCGCACACACAAUCUGAUAUAUUGUUUUUUCGGAUCUCCAUAUCCUUGUCAGCGAUCGCGAGUGGCUUUCUUUACUGGGCUCAACACUUUCUGGUUCUCGAAACCGCUUUUUCUUAUAUUAUAAGAAGAUGCCAUGCUCCUUUGCCAACAAAAUUAAUCUAUUCAUGAGCAAAGCGAACUGAAUGCUUCGUCACACUUCAUGCAAUCUUUCAAGCGAAUGCAGUCGUUAAUGUCCCACGCUUACUUUUUUGAAUAUCUAAUAGUUUCAUGCCUCAUUGCUAUGAAUAUCUAUUGAUGUGUGAAGCAAUUUCAAAUCAUCGUUGGUGUUUUUAACUUGGCUUCCAAAUCCCCAGUGCCAUGAACAAUGGCUUGGCUGCGCCUCGCCAUUGUUCAUGGCACUUUUAUUUAGAAACCACGUCUAAAACACUAACUCGGAUUUGAAAUAUUACUUCUAUAAUACAACGUUUAAAAAGGGAUGAACUGAUACGUCUAUUAACUCAUCUAAAAUUAAAAAAAAAAUUAAAAACCCCAGCGGCCUUGGCGUAUAGUUAACAAAUAGAUUAUAUUUUCCCGUUGUCUGUUCAGUUAUAGAUACACAGUAUGACGUCAUGUGUGGUAAGAACAAAAAAAGUGUCCACGACGCAAGUGGUCACUUUUUGUUAUUACCACAUAUGGCGUUAUACUGUGUAUCUAUAGCUGAACAGACAACUGGAAAAUGUAAUCUAUUUGUUUUAUAUAAUAAAAUUGAAAAAAUACCGAAUUAAACAGUUAAACAGUUUAUUUUUAUUCCCCCAAACAUUUGGAAGUCGAAAUUUUGCAAAUAUCACGCGUACAUGAUCCUUACAAAUAACGAAAUGCUAUUGGCUCGCUUAAGUUACGUGCUGAAUUUUGAUUGGCUAAGCUUAGAAUGCGCUAGACGGUAAUAAAUAGGGAAAAACUAAAAAUUUAUCAAAACAGUGAAAAACAUUGUUCUAAAGGAAUAAAAACGUGUGAUAAAAAGGCAAAUAAUUAUUUUGCUCUGAACGAGUAUGGCAAUUGAAAAGCACUUCAACAUUGCCUAUGUUGUACGAAGUGAGAAACCAGCUUUGAAAACGAGACGUCAACAAGGUCAAAUGACCGAAAUAGUAUUUUUUUUCGAAAACUGGAUUGGAUUAUGGAGUCGCAUCUGAAUGACUGAAUUGAGAUUUGCCGAGUUGCUUGCUUUUGUGAGUGGUUCUUGCACGUUUAUCGAAGGUAUUUAUUGAUGUUUAUAUAUUCAAUUGCAUGAAUUCAUCCAAUUUAUAUAAAUUCAGUGGAAUUUUCAAGUAUUUUCGACAUUUUAAAAACUUAUGACGUAAUUCCGUGCGUCUGUACUCUAAUAGAUCAUGGCUCUCGAUCAAUGAAAUCGCAUGAAUUGUUAAGGUUAUUAUAUAAUCCACAAUCGUACAUAACUUCAAGUUCUUUUCUGUAGAAAGGUGAUCUAGACCCCCUGGCACUCUCAUGUACUGAUAUUAGAAUUUCGAAAUAAAUUCUGUUUCUUAACCACGCUAUGAGAACUGCAUAUCGUUCAUUAUCUUUUUCUGCCAGUUUCUGCGCAAGCUGUUUAAGAAACAUUUGGCAUUCAAUCCCCAUUCCACCAUUAGUUCCGAAUACCAGGGGUAUAAAGGAACCCAUUUUAACAUCUAACACUCUCUGUUGGUAUUUCCUCUUCUUUUCGUUCUCGUGUUCUUGAAAAUCAUCUGAGUCCCCCGGUCUUGGUUACAUUUUGAGUUUACUUGCGUCAUUCUUACGUCAAUAAAUGCAGUAGUUCCACGUAACCAAAAACAAUUCCGCCUUCAUGUCCAAUCUCGCCUCAGAAUUUAUGAUGGCCGAUCUCAGGUUGAAUCUUUCGUUGUCAAGGGGUUGGAGAUGUGGCUCUAAUUCCACGUUCUUACACACUUUACCAAGUGGCGUGGCGAGUAAGUUGCAAACUCCGUCAUGCCUUUGCGCCAGGAAACCCCAUUUUUACAUGUCAUGGCAUGAUUGAUGUUGAAGCGAUCUCCACACGCACAAUGGCUUGGCAUAUCAUUCAAAGGUAGAUUGUAUCUCAUUCGCAACGAGUCUCUAAAUUCUUGCUUAUUAAGGGCUAAAACCAGGGUCUUUGAGUGUUAUGCCGUUUAGCCAAGAACUCGCUCCUUUUUAUCUUGAUUGCAUUGCCAAAAAUAGUGUGCGUCUGGGGGUAGCAUGGCCAGAAAUCACGGACAUGAUUUAUUCUACUUUCUUCGCAAUUUGCAUAUCACGUUAAAAUAUUGCUUCUGCAGUAAACAGUAAAUUAUAUUACGCGUUGCUGUAAAUCCUCAAAUCAGAGAAGUGACUAUUCUGCAUCCUGCACAUUAUUCAUGAUCGAGUUCAGAUCUGAAUUGGAGUUAAAUUGCUUCAGUCAAAAUGUCAGUUCUCCAAUAAAAUUCUUCCCCGUUCUACACAAGGGUAUAUUGAAAAUACUUCUUUUAAAAUUUCGAUUUAAAAUAUUUAUUAUCGAUUUAAAAUGUUCAAACGCUCGUGUAUGAUUUUAAAUAUUCUUUAGAGAUUCCAAUUGUCCUCUGAGUUUGUAUUUUGAGUUGGAGUGUUUAUUAGAAUAAUUAGUCAACUUGCUCUUGUUGUCGACUUCUGCUGCGUCUUCGUGUCUUCGUUGACUGUUCGCUCACAGACAACUCGGCUUCAUUGUUUCAGACAUUGUUUUGUUUAAAUAUAUUAGGUUUUCCUUUAUACGAGGAUAUUUAUCUUGGAUUAUUUUGGGAUUUCUUGCACAAAAAUUGUAAAUGAUUUGCGUCACAAAUUAGGAACCAAAUCUUUUCGCGAAAUGGCGGCAAUGUCAAAUCAAAUUUGCGGUAUUCAGAAAGCGCGAGCGACUAGACAAUUUAUCCAAAUUCAAACGUUUCUUUCAAAUUCGUGCAAAAAUAGCGAUCUGACUUUUAAUUUACUCUUUUUUCAAAAGGGCCUUACUUAAGAGAACUUUGAUUAAUGAGUAUAUAUAUUAUUGUAUUCCCGCAGCUGACGGUGGUUACAGCAACUGGACUUUGAGUAUUCCAUGCAAUGUUUCUUGCGGUGUUGGAAUGGAAAUAUGGCUACGUACUUGUAAUAAUCCUGAACCAAAAUACAGUGGUCGUAACUGCAGCAGCCUUGGAACUCGGACUGAAAUAAGAAACUGUAGCACAAAACCGUGCCCAAGUAAGGCUAAAACGUCAAGUAAAGUAAAGUUAAUAAACUAAAUUUCCGCAACUGUUUUCCCUAUUGGAACAGGAACCACAGCCGUGUUUUCCUUGUCUUGCACCAAGGGAAAAUUUUGUUAAGUUAAAAUAAUGCUGUUAGUAUACUUUUCUUUUCCGCUUAAAAAUUUCGUUAGGAUAUCCCUUUAUGUGCAAUGUUGCAAGAGGAUGAAACCAGAGGAGGUGAAACAAAAGUUCCGUGGUUGGAAGAGCGAAAAAAAAGAGAGCCCUCUUCUCCCAUUGGUUUCAAAUUAGAAAAUUGCGCAUUGCAGUAUUUGCAAAGUUCAUCUGCAAACAAACGCGUUCCAGUACGUUUGUGCAUAUAUAAGUGUUGUUGUGUUUGUGCUUUAUCCUGUUUUUCCAUAUACAGUUGAUGGUAUGUAUAACAACUGGACAAAGUCGUCACCAUGUAGUGUCACGUGUGGUCACGGUGUUGAAAUAUGGACACGACAGUGUGAUAAUCCACCUGGAAGAUAUGGUGGAAAUUGUACUAAUCGGGGGGCUGCUAUAGAAAUUCGAUUGUGUGAGACGGAACUUUGUCCAGGUAAGCUCAGCAAAAAUGCUUUGACCAAAAAACGGUGACAGAAUAACACUUUUGGAGUUUGUUCAUCUUCUUGAAAUUUACAAUAUAGGGGUGCUUAUCCGACCUUCGGGGUGCCGACUGGUCACCAAGUCCAUAGUAACUAGAGGGAGCGAAGCUUCUUUGCUAAGGCUAGGAGUAGUGCACUCCCUCUGUACCACAUAGAUAAUUCAUCUUUAGUAAUUACUGGAAUUAGAAGACUUUUUAACUUGCUGUUCGGGUGGAUUAUAGUUACAUAUAAGUAUUAAAAUAAUGAAAUUAAAUACAAUAUGACGUCUUAGUUCAAUUUUUCACUAUUCGCUACAUAUUUCACGAUUAAACUGCAAUUUCAUCUUGUGAUGGAACGAGUAAUUCUGAUGUGGUUUUGAUAAAAUAUUGAAAUUAUGAAAUAUGUUGUCCAAAAAGAUGUAAAUCUGCAUUCAAAUGAAAUAAGUGUGUUUCAUAUCGUUUUUCAGCUCACACCCACUCUCAGAUUAUUGGUAUCACUGUUGCUGCUACUGUUUUGGUGAUCAUCGCAGCGGUUGCAUAUCUUAUUUUUAUUAUUCGACGACAACGUUGUAAAAAAGGUGAGAUCAAGUUCAGAUUGGGUUUUUAAAUGUUAAAAUGUUUAAACAUUGAUUCAUUGAUUUUACGCUUCUUUAAAACUACAAAUAUUAGUUUUGAAAAUGAUUUGCUAAUGGUAUAGUUGAAAAGUGAUAUCGAUGUAAACCAUUAUCAUUUCGAAACUCAGAAAAAAUCAAAGCGUUUACAUAUAGCUAGAUUUACGAUUUCUUUACCAAGCACAAAUAUUCUGAAAGUGUUUUGCUAAUAUGUGGGAGCCAUGCUUCAUUGAUUCGAUUGUUUCAUGUGCCACUAACACCAAAUAUGGUUUCUGGUAUCAAUACUGUACCAGAAAAAUUUAAAACAAUUAUGGCUACAAAUGGUUAGCCCUCGUCGUUCAUUUUUUGAUAAAGCGUUCAUUUUUUAUUUUAUAUUUGAAAAUUCGCUACCUUAAUAGACCUUUCCGCUAACUACGUCACAACUACAUUGUUUUCAACUUAGGACCACCUUAGAUCACGCUUAAAUGGAAUGGAGCUCAAGUUUGUUCUCACUGGCUGCCUAUGCGCAAAGAAGCAGAACAUCCUUCUUUAAUAAAUGCAUGAUAAAAUAAUUAUUGGUUAGAGCAAUCUCAUUUGACUUUAGUAAAGCAUUUGAUAGUGUCCCACAUGAUAUUUUGUUUAAUAAAAUCAAGAAAACACCCAUUAAUCCAUACAUUAUAAACUAGAUAAUUGACUUUUUGAACAAUCGCAGACAGAGAGUGAAAGUUGAUGGUGUUACAACUGAAUUUGUAGACAUUAAUCGUGGCGCACCCCCAGGGUACUGUACUUGGACCUGUAAUGUUUGCUAUAAUGGUCAAUGAUAUCAAAGCGGUUAAUUUCUCCAAUGAUUUAAGUAAAUUUGCUGAUGAUAUUGCAAUAAUAGCACCAGAUUAUGAUUACGAAGAUUGAGCUGGUGAUAAAGUGGAAAACAUGAAACUAUGGUCAAACGAGAAUAGAAUGUCUUUAAGUGUGGAGAAAAACUACGAAAUGAUAGCACGCGUAAGAGCGUCUACUCCCUUUCUGGAUCACAUUCCGUCCAUAAAACGGAAAGAUGGCUCAAAUUAUUGGGUGUCACGAUGGAAUAAAUACGUCUGGAAAAGUGGAUAAACAUUUUGUGGAAGAAUGUAUAUUCUAAGUGUUUGUAAAUAUUACCGGCUCUAUACGCAUCAAUUGGAUCUUCCCUUGAAUAGUCUUAUAAGGUCGGUUUACUCGACAAGCGUAUUGGGCAGGGCACCCCUGAAAAUAGGCACCGUGCCAAAACUCCCACUUCGCUAUUCACUCGUUUACACUACAAGAAACACUUUUAUGAAGAUAAGCAUCGGGAAAGCCCAUGCAUCGGGAAAAAGCACAUCUACCUUCUGUUUACGACGGUAUAUUUUAAAGAAUAAAGAUGUCGCGCAGAAAUAUAAUUAUAUUUUUAUAUUUAUCGGAACGAAUACGAGUAUUAUAUGAGCCGAAAAUCGAGCAAAAAACCAAUUCAAUACUAGAAAAGUACUUUAAGGGUCUGUUCAUAUGGGAAAAAGUUAUCCCGGUUAGCGAUAAAACUUUUCGACAAAAUUACAAGCGAGAUCUCGCCUUGGUACGAAAAUAAUAUGAAAAGUUACACUGUGUUCAUAUGAGACAAAACGUUUUCCCGUGUAUGGAGGUCUCGCUUGUUGUCAGGCGAGAUCAGGGGCGUAGGGAGCAGCGCUAGGGUCACGAGAGUAUCUGGAGGAAUAUGUAUCUGGAGGAAUAUCUGGGAGCAGCGCUAGGGUCACGAGAGUAUCUGGAGGAAUAUGUUAAUGAGAAGGUCUCUAAUUGGGUCAACGAAGUGACAGAAUUAGCCGAAUUUGCCGGCCUACUUCCUAAGAACCCUGCCAGACAUCCAGGACCUACUAGAGCCACUCGAAAAGGCAAUAUCACAGAUUCUCAUCCCCGCUAUCAUGGAUCACCAGUGCAAUCCACUCGAUCGGGACAUUCUAGCACUUCCAGCACGUCUGGGUGGCCUGGGCUUGGAAAAUCCAAGUCAUGAGGCAGAACGUCAGUAUGUGUCGUCAAAAAGAGUGACAGCACCCCUUGUUGAUCAGAUUGUAGCGCAGUUCCAUCAGCUACCCGACGAUUCGCAUAUAAAAUCAGCGCAACAAGCCGUUAGAAAAGAAAGAGUGCAAGAGUGGGACGAGAGGGCAGAACGUAUUAGAGACAGUGCACCCCAAGAAUUCAGCGUAUAUUAGAUGUGGCUUCGGAAAAAGGAUCAUCUGUGUGGCUCACAGCACUUCCCCUAAAAGAGCAGGGAUUCAACUUGAAUAAGAGAGAAUUUCGGGACGCCGUAAAGCUGCGUUAUGAUUGUCCAAUCGACGACAUCACCUCCAUAUGUGUAUGUGGGGAUACUUUCACGGUCGACCAUGCCAUGAACUGCAAACGUGGAGGUUUUGUAAUUAUGCGCCACAAUGAGUUGAGAGAUCUGGAAGCGGAACUCCUCAACAUUGUCUGUAGUGACGGCCAAGUUGAGCCUGUCCUACAAGACAUCUCGGGAGAGCAACUGAAUGGAGGCUCCAUCAGAGCACCUGAUGCUAGACUCGACAUUCGUGCACGUGGGUUCUGGGAAAGUCAAGGAUCAACCUUUUUUUAUGUAAGGGUUUGUCAUCCCAAUGCUGAUUCGUAUAACGACCUGGACCUUCGUCAAGUCUACAAGAUACACGAAAACGAGAAGAAGCGCCUAUAUGCAAGGAGAGUCCUCGAAAUAGAGCAAGGAACAUUUACGCCACUGGUAUUCACCACCACAGGCGGUAUGGGCAAAGAAUGUGUGAGAUACCAUAGUCGAUUGGCAGAGUUGGUAGCCAUGAAGAAAGGCGAAGAUUAUGCGACAACUAUGAGUUGGAUAAGAGCCAAAACCUCAUUCGCUUUAUUGAGAUCGGCACUUACCUGCUUGAGGGGUUCAAGGGCUAGGAAAAUCAUGUAUGAUAUUAAGAACAUUGAUUUCAACAUUGAGAACGCCGAGAGUGCUAUCUCUCAAACAUUUUAGACUAUACAUAUACAAAGUUUAUUUGUUUAGUUAUUUAGCGGAAUAUCUUAGUUUCGUUAUUUAGCUACUUAGCGGUAAAUAUUUUAAUUAUGUAACGGUAUAUGUUCCAGAGUUUGUUUUUAAAAUUUAACUGUACAUAUCAACACAAAUUUAUGAACCUUUUUAAUUAUACCCAAAGAACAGAUUAUUUGAUAUAGUCAUUGAUAACAAAAGAAUUAUUGUAUAUAAUGAAAUGAUGAAUAAAGUUGUAUUAUUAUUAUUAUUAUUAUUAUUAAAUGCGGCAAUAAGCUAUAACACGAAAACGAGGCUGAGGGGCCCAAAGAUGCCACGGCCCCUCAGCUUCGUUUUCGUGUUAAAAUUUUGUCUCACAUUUAUUGGUCAAAAUAAAAAGUGUUUUACAAGCAUGUGUUGAAGAAGGAUGCUCUGCUUCUUUGCGCAUAGCUAGUUAGACAAAAACUUUAAAUCCAUUCCAUUUAAGGAGGCUCCCUACAGUUUCUACUAUAUAUCAGUGUCUCAAACUAAAAUCUAUUUUGAUCUAAAAAAACUAACCUUUCGCAAUUUUUUUUAUUCCUCUUAUGUAAAAAAGUAAUUUUAACCACAAUCGCUACUAUUCAUGUUACCAUCACAACAUUACGUCACCAUCUAUAUGGCCUAUAUCAACCGAAACGCCGUCUUAGCGGGCAAAUAAUCGCGGUGAUCUACCUUUUUUAUUGCAGAAAAUACAUUGUUGUGAAGUUUUGAACCUUUUUGGAAGUUAUUUGAAAAUCGCCAGUGUAGUUUUCGAGAAACUGAAUUUCAGCCUUUAAGAUCGACGUUUGGCUUGUAGUUUUAAAGGUGUCGAAUCCCAUUUAAUCCACUGGUUUCUCGUACCAAAAGAUUUGCAAUUCAUCUAAUGAUAUUGCAUCGGAAACAUUUAGCAGUGAACAUGUUAAUCAUGAAGAGGAUUUUAAAAAUAUAUUCUUCAUUUCUUGAUGUUUGAAUGACCCAAACAUCUCAAUCACAAAAUGUAAAUAAAAAUUUAUUUGUAUUUUGCAUAUUAAAUAUUCAAUCAGUACGGUUAAAUAAUUCGUCGAGAGGAAGCCGUUCGAUGGCGAUUUUAAUUAAAUAUAAUAAAAUAAGAUAAAAUGUUGCCCAUUGGAGAUGCUUAAAGUUGAUCGAGCUUGCAUUCCUGUCGCAAUUGACACUAAUCGUGAAUUCUAUAAUUUUAGAUUAUAAGAUUUCAAGUACUGUCUUCUAUCAGUAUGAACAGUAAAUACCAAAUUAAGGUCUAUACACUGGUAACACUGUACUGACACUACCGAUCUAUUAUUUAAAUUUUCUAGGCUUUUCUUAUUACUAGUUGCGUUGACACUACAGAGUAGAACGAAACAUUUGUGGUCUCCAGCAGGAUUCGAAUUUGAAUCUUUGCGUUUCUACCAAUUGUGAAUGACUAGAGCGGCGAUAUAGCAACCACAAUACAACGAAUUUUCUGUUGCACACUGCAGAGUCUAAACGAUAGAGAUUAUAAGCGUUUUUUAUAAUAUCUAUGGUCUAAACAGUUUUUUAUUUAUAAUCGCUUUGUUUGUCGAAACACCACCUAAAUUUAUUACUGCAAAGCUUUCGAGCCGUAAGCUCGGAUCUCUAUAAGCGCUAAUAAUAUGUGACUUGUUUAAUUCACACGCCCUUUUUAUAUAUAAAAGUGUCGUGAUCUGUUGGCUCGCGUCAUUUGAAAAUUUAAUUAAACGGCAGUAGUGUAGAAAGGCCGGUUCAUGGACACGACCCUACGACUUGCUCGUAGGGUAAACAUUUUUAAGGUUUCGCUCAGGCUUGCCCGGACAUUGACCUUCACGUGUCAAUUCCCAAGUUCAAAUUUUGGAACACACCCCUACGACUUGCUCGUAGGGUCAGCAUUUUCACAGGCUUGCCCAGGCAUGUCCGGAAGGCUAUGACGUCACUUCCGGUUUUCCUUGCGCCACUCUCGGAACUCUCUGUCUCCCGAAAUCUCUUCCCCCACUCACGCAUCACUUGCAUAGCCUUUUCAAGUCCUUCACUAUGACUUCAACAAACCUCUGCCGAACGCGCCUGCACAGUGCUUUUCGAAGACUUCCCAAAGUCUUCCCGAAGUCUUCCCAAAGUCUUGCCGAAGUCUUCCCAAAGUCUUUCCGGAGUCUUCGUAAGGUUUUCCAAAAACAAAAUCAACAUUUUCGAAAGAAAAAUUUUUCUAUAUAAUAAAACAAUGUCCAUCACCAAAGUAUCAGACUUCUCCAAAGAUUCGUUCACUUUCCAAGAUGCUGUCGAGAACAAAUUCGGAUCAAAGAAGAUUAAAAUAACGGCACAGGACCAAGGUCCACUUUUACUAAAACUCGAGAACUGUCUGUCCUAUGGAGUGAACAAGAACAACAAUAUCGGUAAGGUCAACUACUCCAUCCCCCUGGCUUUAUGGGGUAAGGAGGAGUUUGUGUCGGCCCUGAAACUGGUGGAAAAGGAGUCAGCCGAUCAUGUCGUUAAACCGGGUGAAAACGUUAUGAAGUGCCUUUACCGAAAAGGUAGUACUCCAACCCUAUAUGCAAAGAUUGACGACAAGACGGAGAUCUACCCUCCGAAAGGGGACGACCUUGCGGAUCACAAGAAGUACCAAGACAAAAGGUUCCACCUUGAUGCAGCCAUCAAAAUCGAGAGCAUCUACGUGUCUGAUAGUGUAACCUCCAUUCAGGUGAAGCUGUAUGAGGCAAAGAUACUGGAGGAAAAGCUCAGGGAAACGAGGAAGAGGCUUCUAUAGACCCGUUAGAAUUUUAAUGUUACUUCAAAUAUUAAAAUUGGUUCAAGAACAAAAAGUUUUUUCAUAUAAGUAAAACAUGGAAUCCUGUGAAAAACAACAUCAGUUGAAUAUGGAACUAUUCAGAUAAGCGGAAAAAGAGUAUUUGGAUUUUAUCGGUUCGGAAGAGCCGGAUGAAGAAGUUCCAAACUGGAAAUUGUGCUUUGAAGGACGAAAACACCAGUUUAUCGAUAUAGACGGGGAAAGGAGGUGCAACGACUGUGGACUGGUAUCCGGUCCCGUUUCAUCUGUUUCCGAGUAUGGAUGCUGGAAAAGGGCAGUUAUGAAGGGUCCGGACAGAAGCUGUAUAAGUACGACGGAUUUUGUCAGAGAAAGGGUAUAACGGAUUUCGUCCUAUUAGGAGGAAGAACACGUGAGGUUUUGGAAAAUAUUGAGAAGGUUGCAACGCAGAGGAGCCAAAAGGGAACAUACCAGAUAUGUAAAAGACUUAACGUAGUGGUGGAUGAGUCAUUACUUAAAAUCCCGAAAAGCAAGGUUUCUCACGAUCGGUGUAAGAAGAUAUUUCAGACACUAGGUUGGGAGUAUAUUGACUAAUUUUAAUGUUUUAUUAAGCAUUAAAAUUGAAAUAGUAAUUUUAGGGUGAAAAUGACCUAGAAAGACAUCAACCGUUAUCGGGAUCAAUAGGCAGCUGAUCAGGCACAGCCACAUCAGUUUCCGUGGUUCUUUCAUAAUUUUGUUUAUCAUAUUUUUUUUACCGUUGCGCUGGCGUAACCGAUCUGGGUAUGUGCGCUCGUCGUGAUGUCUCCUCGUUCAAUACCGAUACCCAGGUUAAACAUUUUUCUCCUUUUAUGAUUUUUGUUGCACUUCACUCCGUUUGUGAUUUCACGUUUUGCGGACAAGCAUCUCAUUUUUAUUUAACCGGAAAAUAAAAUGCCAUUCAGCAUGAUUAUCGUAGGUAUGACAGCUUGUGGAAAGACACACUAUCUCGUCCUGGAAUUGAAAACCACGUUUUUUCAUCAAUUUGAAAACAUAUUUUUAAUUUGUCCCACCUAUCACUGGAAUAAAACCUACGACCAGAAUUUCAUCCACGAGGACGACAAUUUCUUUGACAUACUCUGCCGUCAGGACGACGUGGAGGAGUAUCUUAAAUUUGUCGUGGAUUUCACAAAGGGAAAGGAAUCCCUUAUCAUCCUGGAUGACUGUGCCAUCACCAAGUCCUUGACGGACCGUACGGGGGAGCUGGUCGAUCUUGGGUUUAGUGCACGUCACAUGAGUAUUUCCACCAUCCUUUUCACUCAGACCAUACCGACAAAAUAUUUCGAAAUUGGUAACAUUCUAUAAUCCGAACAGACAGGACAUGAAGAUUAUUUUGGACGAAUAUCGUUUUGCUGACAGCGCGGAAAUGAAAUCUAUUAAGGAAAAGCUGAAUGAAAAUAAAUAUUCUCAUCUUGAGGUAAACCUGGUAGAUCCGUUCAGUCACGAGGUAAAAAUUCCGAUGUUAUGAUAAAAGAGAUGGAACCGGAAUUACCGACCCCAGAAAAUACGGAGAUUGAGGAUUAUAGGGCAGAGCUUAUCCGCCUGUCCAAUGCAGGGGAGAUUACCCAGUCUGAAAAAUAUCUCAGAAAAGCGUCCGAAAAAGUCAUUAUGAAAGUCCGAAAAGACUAUAUCGUUGCCCAAAGGGAAAAGGCAAACAUCGUGCUGACGGAAGCCCUGAUCGUUAAAUUUCCCGGUCUUAUGGAAGCCACCAACACGGUGGACAGUGGGGAAGAGCUGCAGGUGGAAUUAAAUCAGGACAAACAGUUCAGGAGUGAUGUCAAAAGUGUGGUGGGAAAGUUGUCCCCGUGUAUACCCUAUUUGGGGAUUGUUAGCGGUGGAGUGGAAACCGUAAAGCAUGUUUACCGGAAAACACCCGAACCACCAACACCACCUUCCAAAGAGGAACCAAAGACCGACACCGACAACUAAGUAUGAAAAUUUUUCAGACCUUUUAGGUUUGGAAAAACUGUGAUCCCUAAAUUUUAUAAAUCCGUGAGUUGUCUGUUUGCAAUUCCGAUGACACCGUCGGAAAGGACGAACAUGUGACAUACAACGUUCGCAGUUGUAGCUUUUUUCGUGAUUUCCACCAGUAUUCCGGACUGGGUGUUUUGAAUUUUGGCACCGUUUCCGUAUGUGUUGACAUCAUUUACGGUUCUGAGAUCAAUGACCAGCGCAAACUUUUUGUCCUUGAAAAAGUUGGUUGGUGUUUGAUGGCUGAUUUCACUGAUGCCAAACAGUCGUCUUGCCUUUUCGUAUAGUCUUGUUUUCGGAAUACCUUGACAGUAGACUGCGUUGGGCACACCUUCCACGGUUACCCUAACCUUUUCGAUGUUGGGGUAAACAUAUUCUUCGCUGUCUGUCUUUGUCUUGUUCGUAAACAACAUGACGAUGGCUUUAAUGUUUCUGCGUGGCACGUUGAUCGUUUCGUUGAUAAUGGUGGAGUCCUUACUCCAUUCCGUCUUUUUUAUCAGGAUGACAUAUUCGAAAGACAGCUUCCGUCCGGCGUUGUACUGACUUUCCACUUUUUUUGCCAAUUCGAUGUUGUCGAUGGAUUCGUACUCCAAUUCGAUGUUUUCCAGGGUAUACCCUUCCACAUUCCCCACACCCUGUGCGUUCAUGAUUUCAUCUGCCGCUGGUAGGGUUAUGACAUACUGUAGAUCGUUUGCCAUAAUGUGUGGAGCGUAAAGUCCAUGGUCUUUUAGGAUUUUACCGUUUCGGAUUCUUUGUUUUGUUCCAAAUACUUCGAACAAUGAGGUGGCAUUUUCUUUGGAUAUUUUCUUCCUCGUGGCUUCGCUAGCAAUACCAUCCUCCACCAUGUCGUCACGUUGUUUCCUGUGCAACCAUAGGUCCUUGUAGACCUCCAGCAAACUUUCCCCACUGUUGCCGUAAACCUUUUCUCCUGUGAGACGAAUUUCCAGUCUUUUUUGGAGUAGUUUUCCUAAAUUGUUUCUGAACCAGGAUUUCGUGUUGCUGUUCUUAACGUCAAAAACCAAAUCCAUACUGUGCGGUAUGAGAACGGAGUCGGCUUUUAACCUUGGAAUAUUAACGUAAAUUUCUUCUCCGGGUUUGGCAGAGUUGGGGUUGAAGGUUAGGACGUCCUAUCUUCGGUGAUUUCAGCCUUGUUCAUUGGGAUAUGUUCAGCCGUUCGGUUCAUUAUGUUUUAUUAUAUUACAAAAAUAUAUUUAUUUUUUACGUCUGCUUGGUAAGUAUUUGUAUAUAGCCCCACCAAUUAGGAUUGCUACGAUACAUAGCUUUUGGCAAGAAAGGCAAGACCCUUGGCUCCCCAGCUUAGGAUAGUACUUAGUAAAUUUAGGAUAGGUACUAGUAUUGGUAGUGUAUAUUUUGCAAGUUUUGCUUGUGCUUUCCCAGCAGCUCCAAGUCCGCUGGAUGCUCCCAUAAUGGUCUUCUUUCCAGCCACUACAACCGUGGGGAUAAAUCCGGCGAUGGAAAUAACAAUAGCUGUUAACACACCCAGAUUUUCCCUUGUCCAUUUGCCGAGCUUUCCAAAUUUUGUUCAAUGUCUUCCCUUACUAUUUCCCUAUACCUGUGUUUCCCCUCCACCGUUUCAGGUUGUUGACCCUCCUCCAGUCUAGCUUUGUCAAUAACUCGGUCGGCAUCAUCCGCACCUUCCUGCAUGAUUUGUCGUCUUUCUGGACCUGUUUGGUGUUUUAUUUCGGUUCUGAAGGUUUUCCCUUGUACUUUUAGGGCUUUGUUCCGGACUUCGGGAGGUCCCUUAAGAACGGUUGUUCCCACAAUCUCCCUAGUUUCCUGUGUGGAAAAUUUUCCUCUUCUCUCCAUACUUUUUGCAUGUUCUACAAGGUUAUCACCUGCAGAGGCGGCUUCCUGGUGAAGAUCAUCCCUAGUAUCCUCAUAGAUGUCUUCUGAAACUGCUCUUGAUGUUUCUCCUCAGGUUUCUUCUUCUACCGUACUUAUGGCUUUAAUCCUGUGUUCUUCUUCUGCCUUAUUGAAUGAUUCGAAGAAAUUAUCUGUAUUUCUUAAGCGCUUCUCGUUCUUUGAUAAUUUGUAGCUACCAUUCUUUCCAAUGAAUGCUAUUACAGUUCCGUCAAAUGUUAACUGAUGUUUAUCGAUGUCUAAGCGAGAAAAAAACUCCCUAGCGUACUGUCCGUCGUUUGGGUUUAAUCUGUAGUCUUUUUCGAAAAGCUUUCUAACAUAUUCUGCUUUUAUUUCAACAGGUGAUCCGACCGUAUACAAACGCGAUGUCUCCCUUCCCCUCUUUUUGGAUGUAUCGUUCUUGUUUUCCUCGUAGAAGGUAGACAUCCACAGAUCGUCGUCUUGCCUGUUUAGUCUGUCUAAUCCGAAUUGAAAGUCGCCUUCAUCAAUAGGUGUAUCGCUGAUGAUACCUUCAUCAUCACCUCCUUCAGCUCCUUCCGGUCGGUUGAUGUCUUGGAUCUCUAUGGUGUCCAUUUUUAUUUAAGUCUAAAGAUAAUUCCUGUUCAUAAUACCUUCUUAAACAUCCUCCCCAUCCUCAGUAUCCUUAACACCGUACAUGUUUUGGUCUCCACGGUAUACUGCCGUAACAACGUAUACUUCGUUGUCAAAAUUGGGUUCGUAUCCCUUUUCAAAGGUUUUGUGUUUAAUUUCUACCCUAACGUGAUCCCCAAUCUUAAAUUUGGGAUCCGGAAAACUGUUUAGUGGAUAUCCAUAAAUCCAUGUCCAAACUUCGUCCUUAUUUUCCUCGUUUACAUCCACAGGUUUCAUCCCAAUCGUACUGUGCGUGGAAUUAUUAUAGGACUUUACGAGGGCAGGUAGAACGUCCACCCAAAUUUUCGUCCUGUUUUCCGUAAAAUAUUUCCACAUUCUUGUUUUCAAAGUCCUAUUAAAUCUCUCGACGAGUGCAGCUUUCCGGAAUGUUCUUGUGGAAAAGUAAUCGACAUCGUGAUCCUUUAGCAACGUCUUUAUUCCUACAUUGUAGAAUUCCUUUCCGUCGUCGAAUUGCGCUGCUUUCGGAUAUCUGCCAAACUUUUCCUUAGAUUGUGCGAGUACCUUUUCAACGGCCUUCGUCAUACUUUCGGUAUUUUCCCUCCAGACGGGAACGGCAAAGUCAUACCGAUUCAGAACCUCUAUGACAGUCAAAAUACAGCGGUUCCCAUUAUUCUGGUAGCUGAACUUGCUCAUGUCCACAAGGUCCAUCUGCAGGAUCUGCUGUGCAAGUCCGUCCACAUAUGUCCUUUGGGUUUUGUAAUGCUUCGUGGAUGGUUUGUGAAUGAUGUACGUGUUCUGCGUUUGCAGCCAUUCUCUGACGUUUUUUCGGCUAACACCCGGUACUCCUUUCUCCUUUGCCAUUUAGUAUAGUUUUUCCAUCGACAUGUACCCACCGUUGACGUUAAAAUAUAUUUCUCGAAGAGCUACAUGCAAUUGCAAACUAAUUUUAUUAUCGGUAAAUAAAACAUGAAGAAGAUAAUGACUUACAUUAAGGACGGACGGAUUACCCUCGAUCUUUGGGAUCCUUUGGUCCUUACCCACGAAUCCAAACUUUUCGUAAAAACUGCCGCCGUGUUUUGGAAUUUCAAAACCAUUCGCGCGGGUUACAACGACUACAUUUCCGUAGAUGGGAAGAAAAUUACGAUGGAUGAAGGAUACUGGACGUUUAAACAGCUACAAAAAAAUAUGGAGGAAAACGGACUGACGUUCAAGGAAUAUCCAGAGGGAAGGGUAAAGAAUGACCUCGAUAGUGGGACAAAGACGGUGGGACUUCCAAAUCUCACGGGGAUUUUGGGAUACCAAUUCUCCAACAGUCCUACAUACACUCCACAUAUCAGCGAUUGUCCCGCAGAUAUUCACAAUGGUUUGCGAUACCUUACGCUCAGCUGUAAUCUCGUGAACCGUGAGCACAACAUCCAACCGGACGGAAAUCGGAGUGUUAUCAUCACCUCUCUUCCGAUCGAUGGAACCAAACCUCUUUUCGGAACCGUGACCAAGUACAACGACAUCGAAAGUCAGGUAAGGGUGGAUGCUGGAAUGUACAGCGAAAUUCGGUUUGAAUUCGGAUCCAAUACCAGACUUGUUCCGGGAGACGUUUUGUUAGAACUUUACAUUAAAUAAAAGAAUGAGUGCGGAUAUCUUUCGCAACUACUACGGAAAGAAUUACGAGAAGGUUAAGGCGGCAACACCUAUCGAAAUCCGGAAAAUGAAAGAGAAUUAUAGGAAAAAGAAUUCCAACGCAACCCUAUCCAAAUUGGACUUUGAGGUUACCUCUGCCAAGGACCGAACCGUGGAGUCCAGGGAUAUCUUCUACAAAGUGGAUAGUCUUACGAGCUAUGGCAUUACGUCUGAUACGUUCCGUACAAAUCCUGAGUGGACGAAGUACCUCCAUUGGGUAGAGGGGUGGCGAAGCGUUCUUCCUGACAUUAUUUUUUUCUAAAUAAGGAUUUUAAAUGAAUGUGUAUAGUUUCAAAGUUUAUGUUACGGAGACCGGAAGUUUUAUAACAAAAUUAGAACCCAUCAAACUGGUGUAUGAUAAGCCUGUGGACACCUUCAUCAACGUACUACCGUUCGACUAUCACUCCAAUUCCUACUUUGGCUCUCUGGCUGCAUCCUACGUUGCUAUGUUUAAGUGUGGAAUUUCCGAGGAUCAUCUUACGAAUAACUUUUCCGAAUCGCACUCCAAUAUAGUAACCUCCAUCGUUCGCUUUCACCUCCAUUUUCACCUUUCGAGAUUUAUGCGUAAUCCCAAACUUCUGGACCAGUACAUAACGAAAGAUGAUAUACGAACAAUCCGGAAAUUUACACACGUUCACGAAACGUGGGAAAGGAGAACGGACUCUCCCCAUGCAAACCGUGAGACAUGGUACUAUGAUAAGCCUGUGAACGAACGGGGAAGAAUAAGGCGUCAAAAAUAUCAUCUGACCAAAUACGGAGGCACAUUUAUCGAAUACGAAUACCUGACCGGCAGGUCUCCCUAUAGCGUUGAAAACGAUUACAAGACCCUUAUUCCAAAAACAUCCCGAGGACUUACCAAAGUUGGACAAAAGCUAUUCCAACAGUCCAUCGAGGCUUUCGUGUAUGCCGUCCUGGGGCGCAGGCUAAAACCCGAUGGAGUAUUACGGGACAGGGUUCAAAGAGCCUACAAACGCGAAAGUGUUCCGGAAGGUGGUAAAGGACACGAUCGUUCAGGACGAUGUUACGGUUACCAUUUCCAAUAUGCGAACAGCUAUUUCCAACACCUAUGUUAUUCUAAAUUUUGCAAUUAUGCCGGGUUUAAUCCUAAUCCCUUCGAACUUAAGGAUUCUGACGAAACCCAUUCAAGGGUUUAGCAACAUCCUAGCGGUGGCUAAAAACGGGAUGAUGUUUGGAAAAAAUGAAAAGGUUAAUUAUACGGGAGUAAAACCUGCCGAUCAACCCACAAAUAGUGCUGAUCUAAGUCCAAGUACCAGCCAUGCCAUCACACCGGUUCCGAUAGUGGAAGAUUUUAAACCACCGGAGCUAAGGCAGAAGUCUGACAGUCAGAAUAUUGCCCUCGGUACAAUAGCGGCAAAAUCCUUUGGGCUUGCAUACUUAAUAUUCCGGCGUUAAAUAAAAAUGAACAUCUUAUUCGGAUACGACUAUUUCGAUACAAUAACGGAAGAUAUGAACACCUUAAAACGGAAAUUAGCAGUAGUUGAAAAGGGACAACGAGGGAACACGGCAGAAAUAGUUGCAGAUACCGGUGAUAUUAAAAAACUGAACAAUCUUGGAAAAAAUUCGGUACAAUACGACUUUGCCCAAAUACCUGGGUACUCACCCGUGUUUUUACAAAUUCCCAUUAUUUCCGACGGAGACAGGAAGAAUGCAAAAUUAAUCAGGUUCAGCAUCAGCGACGGAAGAAACACAGCAACACUCUCCUCCCUGUACGGGUUUUACGUGGGUAGUUUACACGCGCUCAAAGCAGUAUGAUCAUCCAGGUUUCAUUCACAUUUUUCGUUACGGGUGAUACUACGAAUUCUAAAGUCCAAAUUUUCAAUAUGGAAUCCAAGGACAUAGACUCUGCUGGAAAUGUAACCAACAGAACAAGGACUACAAACAUAAGUUGCUUCCUCCUGACAACAUAGGGUUUUAAAUCUUUUUGUAAGAUUUAAAAUAUUCGUGUUAAUCCGUAGGCACCACCAGUUCCUAAAAUAGCCAUCGUCAUCAUCGCAUACUUUUUCAUUUCAUCCGACGGUUGAUAAUAAUCUUCCAAUUUCGGUCUGCGCUGGGAUGCUGAGUCAUUCACAAGUCUCGUAAAAUCCCGUAAGUCUUCCAGCGCUCUGUUUUUUUCCUCGAUGUCCUUGUUAGCAUCCAGGAUUUCAGCCCGACGUCGGGCUUCGUCGUUCCUCCGCUUCACUUCGGAUUCAUAAAACUUUUCCUUUGCUUUUGCAAGUUUUUCCAGUGCUUGGUUUUGUCUUUUCACUUAUUCCUUGUAUCUUUGUUCAUUCAAUUUUGAGAAAAGAAAUCCUGCUCCGGCAAAGGCCACGGCAUUAAAAAGUCCUCCGACUACGACGGAUGUCAUUUUUUAUUUAUCAAUCGUUUUUGGAAUGUAUAACUUAUCUUUCAGAUACCUAUGGUAAAUGCAAUUCCAGCUACGGCAACAUCCAACUUCGCCGCUCCUUCCAGGGUCAUUGGUACACCGAGACUUUUUCCAGCAACUGUUUUAGCAAGGUAGGAAACUACGACGACUCCGAUCGUUAGUAGUGUGGCAUCGUACAAUUCGUUGAUCACUUCCUUCUUUGUGUCGGUCAUUGUGUUUUUAUUAUAGCAGAAAUAUUUUUCCUAAGCAUUCUCGUCUUUCAGCUUCUUUUCCAGGAUUAGAGAGAAUCUUCUUUCCAAGGUGUUGAGCAUCCUAUCUUCACUCUCCUUGCGUUUGGUUUCUAUCGCCUUGCGUUUAGCUUCUGUCGCCUCAAACGUAUGGAUGUAAAUCAGUACAGUUCCGGCCGUUACGGCUAAGGUCAGUACGUCCAAGAAUAACUGUGACAUUGUUUUAUUAUACUCUCUAUUUCCUUUUCAGUCAAACAGGUCGGGACCACCCUGCCGUUUUGGUGUAGGCUGUGGUUCCUCUGUGGAUUUGCUCUCCUCCAUCUUUUCGCUCUUUUCCCGACGAUUACACCAGAUGACGUAGAGGGAUCCAAGUCCCACAGUAAUACCUAUCACCAUACCAACUCUCUCUAGGGUAAUCACCGACCCUUCACAUCUAUUCUCUGCGUUCAAAGCAUUCUGUUCUUCCAUAGCUGCUUUUUCGCGUUGUCCGCGCUUCCUGGCUCUUGCCUCCUGACUGAUCUUAGCAAGUCUGCGCCCUGCCUCCACUCUUUUCGGAUCCUUGACGUGGUUCUUCACCAGAUUUGUGACCGUAGUCGGAUUCUCCUCUAACAUGUUUUGCUCAAAAGUGUCUCAAAAUAAUUUUAAGUAGGUCCCAAGUAGAUUCAAGUUCAAAAUCAACAAUUUAUAGACAAGACUUUCCUACAUACAAAUAAAGCAAUCAUGGCACCACUCAGGACAAUGGAUAACGAAGUCCAACUCUAGUUCAACUGUCCUGAAAAAAUUAAUCACAUCACAAGAAUGUGUAAGUACACUAACUACGAGUACAUGACGGUCAUCAUCUCGACCAUGGGUGGAAUAGGUUUAAUUGCGAAACAUAGUAUUAAAUUUGGGAAAGGAUGGAUGGGUCGGAACGCUGAAAUUCGAGGUAUAGAUUACGUUUACGGAGGUCUGAAUGGCAUUCACAUCCUAAUUACCAUUUCCGAAUCCGUUGAUGUGAUUGAUUGUUGGCUCGAAUGUCCGGAGGAUAGGAUUCACCUAGGUCCACCCACGGAUAUUAUAAAUAAUUGGUUCCGUAUGUGUAUGUCUUGGGAGGAAUGGUCGGAGAAAAGGGAAGAGGAAAGAGCAAUAUGCACAGAAAGCGAAGUUAUAGCGAGGUUAUAGAGGAGGCACGGAUAGGGGAGAUGGAAAUGCUGGAGGAAAUGCAGAUGGAGAUCGAAUUGCAGGAAUCCCUACAAGGUCGGGCCGACUAAAUGUUGAACACGUGGUAUAAUUUUAAUGUAAAAAAUGCAUUAAAAUUUUAAUUUGAAGACAAGUCUCCCCAUAAUAAAAACCAUGCCCAAGGAAAACAUGUUCGAACACUACUCCGGAAAGACAAAGUACGUCCAAAAACCAAAGGCAGGACCGAACGAAAAACGAUGUUUAGACUGUACGCUGUGGGCGAUCCGGAAGGGAAUAACCAAGGACUUCUGGUGCAAACACAUUAAACAUAACCUUAAGUUUUUCCGUAACUGAUUCAACAUCUCCGGGAGGAAAUUUUCCCGUAUAAUAAAGUGUCCUUACCCACAAGUCCAUAUUUCCCUGAACCGAUCAUGAUUGCUACUUUCAAACCCUUUGGGUUUGGAAAAAAAAACAGAAUCAACUUUAGGAGGUAAAAUUUUUGUAUAUAUAAUAAAGGGUACGAACCCUAGGUCCGGAAGUUCGGACAAAUGGUCAGAAUGUUGGAGAGUACAUAAAUUUGUCAUUGUUUAUCCAAACCUUAUUGGUCUGGAAAACAGAAUCAACUUUUAGGCUACACCAUAGGUAAAUUUUUUUAAUAUAAUAAAACAAUGGCAAAUAUCAGUCAUAAAUAUUUGGACCACUUGUCCGAACUUGUCGAAGGCAUGAAAAACGAUGCUUUGGAGCAGGCAAAAAAGGAUACGGAGAAGCGGCGGAGGAAAACAGGAACGGAAUACAGGAAGACACAGAGGUUCAUCGCAAAAGAGGACAACAGAAAACAGAUCAAAACUAGCAAGAAUUUCGACAAACUGCUUAAGUAGGAGAAAAGAGAAGCAACCAAAAGAUGGAAAAAUGAGAUCAAGAGCACCGCGGAUCAGUUACGCAAACGCCGAAAGCAGAUUGAGAUCGACGCACGAAAGGCAACAAGGGAGGCGUAGACAUGGGAGCGCGAAAUCAGGAAGGAGGAGAGGGAACGACGAAAAGAGGUUUCCGACUGGAAGGCUGAAGCCCAGAAGUGGAAAAAGGAGUCGCAGAGGUCGAGGAGGAACGAGAAAUCACGAGAGAGACGCAACGAACAAAACCGUAGGAUCGCAGAAGGUAAGUGCAAAGGCGAGAGCAAGCUCGGUCGAAUACAGUUAAAGUGGGUGACAAGCUGAGCAAAAUUUGCGAAAGACCAAGGGAAAUCCUGAAACACUUCCUAGCCAAAUACGCCAUCAAGAAAAAGGUAAAAAAGUAUGUUAUCAACCCUAAAGGUGCAUACGACCCAUCCUACUUCCUAACCAUCACGGAGUAUGAGGUUAAAACACUCAUAAACUCCGAAACGGAACUCAGAAAUGUGAGGACGUCUCUGGCUUGUGAAAUGGUAAGGAGCGAUCCGAAAACCGAGGAAGAAGUGACAAUCAUCGCCCAAUUCGGGUCAAAAACCCAUAAACUCAUCGUUACGGAAGAGACCCAAGGCAUCAUGAGGGAAAAAAUGCUAAGUCCUUCUCAAAGUAUCAGAGGAGAGGUAGUGGGUGGAGACUACAUAGAGUUACCCAGCUAGAGAUCCACAUCGGAGAAUACCAACCACUCAGGGGUGAGAAACAUAAACCCUACUUGAGUCAAUAGCCAGUAAGAAGGCAAUCUUCAAUAUGGAGAACGACGACGACGAAUGCUUCAAGUGGGCCGUUACGCGUGCCCUAAACCCCACCGACACCCACCCGGAAAGAAUCACAAGAGAACUCAAAGAACAAUCCGAAGAGUUAAUUUGAGAAGGGAUCGAAUUCCCAACACCCCUGAAGAACAUCAAAAAGUUCGAAAAGAACAACAAUACCGGCGUUAAUGUGUUCAGUGCUGACGAAAGAUUCAAGGUAUACCCCUUACGAUUAUCCGGUAAACCGAUCCCAUAAGGCUCUUCAUAUGGGAAAACCACUACAGCGUCAUCAGAGACAUGUCAAGACUCGUAAGCUCACAGAUCAACAAGAAGGAACACAAAAACUACAUCUGCGACCGUUACCUAAACGCAUUCGGCUCCUGAAUAAGCAUCUGGAGCUAUGUUUGAACAACGACUACCAAAGACAUGAAUACCCGAAACCUGGUAGUAUCACCAAGUUAAAAAAUUAUAGAAAUACACAAACAGUUCCAUUUGCCAUCUACGCGGACUUUGAGUGUUAUAUCAAAGAAUUGAAUGCAAAGGAACAGAACCCUGACGAGUCAAGCACCGUUCAGUAUCAGAAACACAACCCUAGCGGAUUCUGUCACUACGGCAAGUGUCUCGACAACUCCAUCUACAAACCCAAGCUAGUACACUACACCCAACAGUACGAGGGGCAGACAUUACCAAAAAACUCGUAGACAUGUUGGAAGAGGAAACCCGGGACAUCUACAACAAGUUCAAGUUUAAAGAGCCUAUCAGGAUGACCUCCAUGGAUACCAAGAAUCGUGAAGAAGCAACCACCUGUUGCGUAUGUAAAGGAGAAUUCACCCUAAAGGACUAUAAAGUUAACGACCUCUGCCACUACACAGGCAAAUAGAGGGGUGCGGCACAUAAUACAUGCAAUCUCAAAAUGAAGAAACUAAAAUUCAUCCCGGUACUCUUCCAUAACCUAGAAGGAUACGAUGCCCAUUUAUUCAUCAAAAACCUUGGGGUAAGCAGCGGAGACAUCAAAUGUAUCCACAAAACGGAAGAGAAAUACAUCUACUUUACUGAGGAGAUAGAGGUUGAUAAGUUUAAUGGUAAGGACGGUAAGGAAAAGAAGCUCAAAAGAGAGCUAAGGUUCCUGGAUUCAUUCAAAUUCAUGGCAAGCUCUCCGGACAAGCUCGUCAAGGGUUUAGGUAAGGACAACUUCAAGAAUCUAGACCUAAUGACGACACAUUGAACCAAAGAACAACAAGGGAUUCUCAAACAGAAAGGUGUUUACUCCUAUGAAUACAUAGAUGGAUUAGACAAGCUCAAAGAAGCGUCACUUCCACCCAAAAACAAAUUCUUCAGCAGAUUAAACAACGAAAACAUCAGCGAUGCAGAUUAUAGCAGGGCACAGGACGUGUGGAAUACCUUCUAUAUGAAAACCAUGAGAAAUUACCACGAUCUAUACCUUAAAAAGGACGUCCUUCUACUGGCAGAUGUGAUGGAAAACUUCAGGAAGGGUUGCAUGCCAAACUAUGGGCUGGAUCCACUAUGGUACUAUACAGGACCAGGACUCGCCAUGGACGCUAUCCAAAAGCUAGCUAAGGUGGAAUUAGAGCUCAUUUCCGAUCCAGACAUGUACAUACUCUUUGAAAGGGUUAUUCGAGGUGGAAUCAGCACCAUUACCAAGAGGCACGCCACAGCCAACAAUAAGUAUAUGGUUAAGUACAACCCACAAAAGGAGAGUAAACACUCCCCCUAUAUGGACGCGAACAACCUUUAUGGGUGGGCGAUGAGCCAGCCCCUACCCAUUAAGGAUUUCAAAUGGAUGAAUGACAAGGAGUUGGAAAAGUGGGUGGACCACAGCUGCAUCCUCGAAGUGGACCUGGAAUACCUCGACGAACUACACAACAAGCACAACGAAUACCCCCUCGCACCCGAAAAGAUAAUGGUUAAGAAGGUGGAAAAGCUCAUUCCGAACCUCAACAACAAGGAAAAAUACUUCCUCCACCACAAGAACCUAAAACAAUACACCGCGGAGGAAAAUUCUUCGAAAAGGACUGGAUGAAAUAGUAUAUAAAACUCAACACAGACCUGCGAACCAAGGGCACUACGGACUUCGAAAAGGACUUCUUUAAGCUUAUGAACAAUUCAGUAUUCGGAAAGACGAUGUAGAACGUUAGGAAUAGGGUUUACAUCAGUAUCGUCAACGACGAUGAGAAAUGCAACAAGCUGGCCAAAACGCACAACUUUUAAUCUGCAACCAUCUUUUCCGAAAACCUAGUAGCAAUUCAUAUGAGGAGGACCUCCGUAAAACUGAACAAACCAAUCUACUUAGGGAUGAGUAUCCUGGAAAUCAGUAAGACCCUCAUGUACGACUUCCACUACAAUUACAUCGAGCCAAAGAAUGAGGAUGAUGCCAAACUCCUAUUGACGGACACAGACUCCCUGUGUUAUGAAAUUAAUACUGAAGAUUUCUUCUAGGACAUUUCCAACGAUGUUCACGAAAGAUUUGACACCAGCAACCUCGGCAAAAGCCACCCAUCGGCCUUUCUACACUACUAACGGCACAUCAACCACGUCAUUUCAAACGUAGUGAAGUAAUCAAGUCACAUAUUAUUAGCAGUGAUGAAGAUCCGGGCUUACGGAUCGAAAGCUUUGCAGUAAUAAAUUUACGUGGUGUUCCACAAACAAAACUAUUAUAUGUUUUAUCGCCAUGCAAACAUACAAAGAACUUAGUUUUUUUUUCUUGUCAUUAUGACGCUCUUUUUAAAUUAUUAACCCCAAUAUUUCCGCUGUCCUUAACAACUAUAGAAAGCAACGACACAUCAGAAGAAGGCGCGGCGUCAUUUCAAGGGACUGGAACUAGUGUUCAAUAUCAAAACUUGACAAGUGAAGGCCAUCCAGCUCCAGGCGUCUCGCGUGGCGUGGUGCGCUACCAAAGAGAUUACAUGAAUACAAGAACCGCACGGAUUUCAUGGUAUGAUAGACUUCAGUUAAUUCGACCAUUCGCUAUAGAUUGGCUUCGAAACGCUUGGGGAAAAGUUAACGAGCUUGGCUUCUCUGUUUAUGACGUCAUGCAACGCGAUCGACAUAUUGUGCAUACAACAAGUAUCACAUACGAUAGGUUGGGCAACUUCAUGGAGGAUGAUUCAGCCAAAAGUCCAGUGGAGGCAAGAAGUAGUACUACUUACGAUAAAGUGGAAAGACCACCAGAAGUUAUAUUGCCUUCACUUAGUGAGUGUGCGUCGACUACAGAAAAUGUUUGAUUUAUGUAUCAAACGACUGGCAUUUAUAUAGUUUUUCAUUCUCAUAUUAGAAACUGUUUUUCUACUUCUUAAUACCAUGUUUGUUAUAUUAGCCAUAGUACUAGUUAAAGAGUUUUAGGCGAAGUAAGAACCAUUGGUCCGAAACAUUUGCGCGUAGUAACAAAAUAAUAUAGUAAAUAAAUUUUAAAUGUAUACGUAAUACAGCUAUGGCAUCUCCUCACCUUUCAUACGAUAUGGAGACCAUGUUUUUAUACCAAGACAAUGUUACCAUGUGUUACACGUAGUGUAACGCACGUAGGCUACGAGCCUGCAAUAUAGUUUUGAAAACACAAUAUAUUUACUUUGAAAAUCAUGACAAUGCUCUGAUUAAUAUACAGUGCAUGCAAUAUUAUAUGCCUAAGACAGGGAGAUUUCAAGCAUUAUAAAAAUAUUAUAAACAAGUAUUAAUUUAUAUUAUAUUAAUAGUUAUAGUAUACUAUACUAUAUACUAUACUAUACUAUACUAUAUUUUACAGUUUUAUAUAAUAU